AGAAAUUCAUUGAAGCAGACGCGCAGUGGAGGCUUGUGUUGUCCGUUAACGGCCCGUGUAUUCCUUUAUUUAUUUAUUUUCUUCACCCUGGAUACGGACCAAUGAACCAGUUGGUAUAAAACGCGAUCGGUCGAUUAUAAGGCGGAAUAACGCACAGUUACCGCAGUGAAUGCCAUAAAAGGGAUUUCUCUUUUUUUUUUUUAAUAAGGUAUACUGGAUCACGACCACAACCAUGGAGAUUGUCACACAUUUAAUCAAUGACACAAUAGAAUUCUACAAAUGGACAUUAACUAUUGCAGACAAGCGAGUGGAGAAAUGGCCUCUGAUGGACAACCCCCUGCCCACACUGGCCAUCAGCACCUCCUACCUGCUCUUCCUCUGGCUCGGGCCCAAAUACAUGAAGAACAGAGAGCCUUUCCAGCUCCGCAAAACCCUCAUAGUGUACAACUUCAGCAUGGUCUUCCUCAACUUCUUCAUCUUUAAAGAGCUGUUUAUGGCGGCACGGUCCGCAAACUACAGCUACAUCUGUCAACGGGUGGACUAUUCAGACGACCCCAAUGAAGUCAGGGUGGCAGGAGCUCUGUGGUGGUAUUUCGUCUCAAAAGGCAUCGAGUACCUGGAUACAGUGUUUUUCAUCCUGAGGAAAAAAUUCAACCAGGUUACCUUCCUGCAUGUGUACCACCACUGUUCCAUGUUCACGCUGUGGUGGAUCGGCAUCAAAUGGGUGGCAGGAGGACAGUCAUUCUUUGGUGCACACAUGAACGCAAUGAUCCAUGUUUUGAUGUAUCUCUAUUAUGGCCUGGCCUCCUGUGGACCUAAGAUCCAAAAGUACCUGUGGUGGAAGAAGUAUUUGACCAUAGUCCAGAUGGUCCAGUUCCAUGUCACCAUCGGACACACCGCCUUGUCCCUCUACGUCAACUGCGACUUCCCUCACUGGAUGCACUACUCCCUCAUCUGCUACGCCAUCACCUUCAUCAUCCUCUUUGGCAACUUCUACUACCAGACCUACCGUCGUCAGCAGCCCAGACGUGACGCCUCCUCCUCCUCCAAAGCAAGCAAGGCCCUCUCCAAUGGGGCCCUCAAUGGGCUCAGCAAGGCCGCCAACGGAGCCUUGGUGAUGGGAAGCAAAGAGGAGAAACCCCAGGAGAACUCUGGGAGGAGAAAGAGGAAAGGAAGAGCUAAAAGAGAUUAAAGGAAAAGGAGUGAGAGGGGUUGAGGUGAGGUAGGGCCUUGUUUUGGGUUCUCGGUUGAUAGUGCUAAAACAGGAAAGGCUUAAUUUGAGGGAGAUUUAAAGGAAUGGAUUUAAGUGUGAUGUGUUUAUUUUAAGCCAUCUGAGUGUUGUAGAUACAAUCCUGAGAUGGGCCUGUGUUGGGAGAGGAUCAUUGUGUUAGUAAGAGGUGUCAAAGGUCAUGCCUAAGGUGGCUGUUUUCACAAAUAACUCAAAAAUACAGUAGUGUCUGGUAUGGGAUAGAGCCUGGUAUUCCUUCUCUUUAUUGUGGUGUAGGUUGUGGCUCUGCAGGAGUGACUUUCAGCUACAAACUGAGCCUGACAUGGAGACACCAAACCCAAAGUUCCCCAAUGCCCCAUCUGGCAAGCUGCAAACACCACAUGAGCCGCUUGAAAAAGAUAAUGUACCAUCAUUACAAGGUGAUCACUGCUGUACUGAGACAGGAAUACACAUAAUAUACACACAACCAGGUCAGCUUAUAUUUGAGCUUAUUAUUAUUAUUUUUUAUUUUUUUGCUGUUCUCCUUUACUGAUGUAAAACUGACAAUGAUGUAUAUGUCCUCAUCUCAUUCAACCUAUUACUGAUGUGACACGUGGGAAACCUAAGUUUACAGUACAUGACCUCCCACACAUCUACAGUCAUACACUAUACAGUUUUUGUUAUUCAUUUCACAUUUAGCUUUCUUCCACAUCUACAUUUUAAAGAAGGAAAAUAAAGUCAAUAUCCAGAGGAAAUGUGUGCAUAGAAAAAGAAAAAAUGGAUUUCUAACCAUUUGAGCCUAGGAUGAGACAUUUCAUUGCUGACGAAAUAAUCAUCAACUUGGCUCAAAGUGGGUUUUGGAUUUAGAUUUUCUAUUUCUAUACACAACCGUAUCCAAUUUUAUAUAUAUCUACAUGUAUUUAAUGUGAUGAAAUAACGAAUAAUAACCUGACGAUUAUCUCAGUGUUUCCCACUUUUGAAACGGAGGGCCAGUGGAGUUUUAUCUUUGCAGACAUUUACCUGUGUUUUUAUAUCCUUUCUGACUUUGUUCGUCUUACACGCUGGUAAAAAUGUUGUGUGCCGAACAAAGCGGCGGGAGAGAUCUGGGUUCCUUGUGUGUUUGCAGAGAACAAACUGAUGGCCAUUUAUGAUCCUACAUUAAUCUGGCCUUUCCCUGCAGUAGUCAGUCAAAUAUCUUUUUAUGUCUACUGUUUUCAGGCUCAAUUGAUAACCUGAGCUGGCUUGAAUGUAAAAUUAUCAGGGGGUAAAUUAAAAGAUUAAGGCUAUGAUUUAUUUACAGAAAAGAUUCAGCUUACAUCUAUCGUGACUGUGUAUGCUCUGCCUGUAGUAUAUAGAGUAUAAAUCAGUGGUCGGCUCUAUAUCUGCAAAUCCAGCUUUAUGUCAUCUAACAACCAGUGUGUUUCGAUGUUAUUUAUCAGUUUGUUCUAUUUAUUUUUUUGUAAAUACCAACCGUCCCAUCGAGUUGAGAGUGCUUGUCUGUGUAUUUGUGUUCUUUUUGUGUUGUACAUAUUACAUGGUGAUAUUUUGUACACUGUGCAUUUGGGAUCUUCCCAGCUUAUUAACUUGGACAUGUCUAUGACCACAUUGCUUCUGUGUGUUUUUUUUUUUAUUUAUAUCAUAAUAAUGAACUCUCUUCAAAUUAAAUUAAACUGAAUGCCUGUUCAAA